UUCAUCCUUCUAGACUCUUCCACUCUUCUUCCUCUUCUUCUUCUUCUUCUUACCCGUAUUUAAAACCAUGCACCACCACAAGUUCCUUCCCGAGCCUAUUCCACAAGCCAUGGAUUUGAUCCACAAGUUCCUUAAUCUUGCAGCUCCCACUUUCACUUUCUUCUGCUUCUUCUUUUUCUUGCUACCUUUUUACUUUUUCAAGUCCCUCAAAUCCAUCUUCUCCACUAUUUUCUCAGAGAACCUUGCCUGCAAAGUUGUUCUCAUCACUGGAGCUUCUUCUGGUAUCGGUGAGCACUUGGCAUAUGAAUAUGGUAAAAGAGGAGCCCGCUUAUCUCUGGCUGCCCGGAGGUUGAACAGACUCCAAGAAGUUGCUGAUAUGGCGCGUGAGUUGGGCUCUCCUCAAGUUUUAACCAUUCAAGCAGAUGUUUCAAAGCGUAACGACUGCAAAAGCAUGGUUGAUCAAACUAUUAAUCAUUAUGGCAGAUUGGAUCAUUUGGUCAAUAAUGCUGGAAUUGGUUCCUUCUCCAUGUUUGAAGAGACGACGGACGUUGAUGUUUUCAGGAAACUCAUGGAUACCAACUUUUGGGGUUCAGUCUACACCACUUAUUUUGCAGUUCCUCAUCUUAAAGAAAGCAAUGGCAAGAUCAUAGCCAUUUCCUCAGCUGCUUCAUGGUUGCCCACACCCAGAAUGGCCUUUUAUAAUGCAAGCAAAGCAGCAGUUAAGAGCUUUUUUGAAACGCUGAGAGUUGAACUUGGAAACCAAAUACAAAUAACAAUAGUGACACCAGGUUUCAUAGAAUCUGAACUGACCCAAGGCAAGAUUCUGUCGGGCGAAGGUGAAAUGCGAGUUGACCAAGAGAUAAGAGAUGUGAUGGUGAGUACAACACCCGUAGGAUCAGUAAGUGGGUGUGCCAAGGCGAUAGUGAACAGUGCUUGCAGAGGAGAUAGGUAUUUGACACAGCCAUCCUGGUACAAGAUGACAUAUGUGUGGAAGGUGUUUUGGCCUGAAAUGGUGGAAUGGCAUUUCCGCUUGUUCUAUUUGACACAUCCCUCUCGUAGGGAUUUCCCCCUUGGCAAGAUGAUCUUAGAUAUUACUGGGAGUCAGCAAGUUCUCUACCCAUCUUCGACUCAGUCCUCUGAAAUCAAGACAGAUUAA